AUGAAGAAGAAUGGAGAUUGCAAUGGCGAUGAAGGGUUGGAGUUAGAAAGGAGCUUUUUGCGAAGGCUGAAUUUGGAACGGGAGGGUCCCUUGGUGGGUGCACUCCAUUUCGCGUGGGGAGCACGACUUUCAAGUUACAUGCUUCCGUGCAACGCAGGUCUAUGGUUUAUCAUCAGCAUGCAUGUGCUAUCGCGCCACGUGUAUACAGGACAAAAACUUGGUUUGUUAUGUGAGCUGCGUAGCGGGUUUUCAUGGAAGUGGUUGUAG